CGACUGGCAGAAAAAAAAAGUUCUUGAAGCCAUUUUGAGAAAUCCUCGCCUGCGCGCGUAGAAUAUUAUCGUCAGUUUGCUCAUACCCCCAGAAUUUUCUUUUUCCCUAGGGCGAGCCACCGCAGUGAACCCUGGGAACUUUCAAGUUAUUUGUUUUACCGAACUAUUAAAUCCACCAUGUCUGCCAACGACUCUGCCGCCUGGCCUCUCGCCGAUGCCGCUCUCACCCAGGAAAUCCUUGACCUGGUUCAAUCGGCCGCCCACUACCGCCAGCUGAAGAAGGGAGCCAACGAGGCUACCAAGACUCUGAGCCGUGGUGUGUCCGAGUUGGUUAUCCUGGCCGCUGACUGCGAGCCCCUCGCCAUUCUUCUUCACAUUCCUCUCUUGGCCGAGGACAAGAACGUCCCCUACGUCUUUGUGCCUUCCAAGAUUGCGCUUGGCCGUGCCUGCGGUGUUUCCCGCGCCGUUAUUGCCGCCAGCAUUACCAGCAACGAGGCCAGCGACCUCCAGGGCCAGAUCCGUACCCUGAGGGACAAGGUCGAGCGCCUGGCUAUUUAAGCCACUAGGACCAAGAUACCAAUUCGAAGGAAUUCAUCGGCGUCUACGGUGCUCAGCGGACAUAAUGUUCACGAUCUUAUGUGGACUAGGUUUAUAGUCUAUUGGAAUAUAUGACGAAUUAAGGGCGUUGUGGUGCGCAAAAUUAUCAAGUUUUGGACGUGGUGAAAUGGCCGUGAUGA